CUUGCAUCGUAAUGGUCCCAGCCGUGUAAUGUCCUUAAUGUGUACGUUUAUUUAACGGCACGCUGCUUUCAAUUAAGCGGAUAGCAGUGUUCAUAGUGGCGGGGUAACGCGCAAUAAACCACAUUGGUCCUGUUUGCUGAAAGGGAGAGGACUAAAAUGGAGCUGGAAGACGGAGUUGUGUACCAGGACGACCCGGGGACAUCAGCGAUGAUGUCUGAGCGGGUAUCGGGCCUGGCCAACUCCAUCUACCGCGAGUUCGAGAGGCUCAUCGGCAAAUACGACGAGGACGUGGUGAAGGAGCUGAUGCCGCUGGUCGUGGCCGUGCUGGAGAACCUGGACUCGGUGUUCGCGGAGAACCAGGAGCACGAAGUGGAGCUGGAGCUGCUGAAGGAGGACAACGAGCAGCUCAUCACCCAGUACGAGCGGGAGAAAGCGCUGAGGAAACAUGCGGAGGAGAAGUUUAUUGAGUUUGAGGACACUCAUGAACAGGAUAAGAAGGACCUGCAGAACCACGUGGACAGAAUGGAGUCCCACUCCCGACAACUGGAACUGAAGAUCAAGAACUACGCAGACCAGAUCAGCAGAUUAGAAGAACGUGAACUGGAGCUCAAGAAGGAAUACAACUCCCUCCAUCAACGACACACGGAGAUGAUCCAUAAUUAUAUGGAGCAUGUGGAGAGGAUCAAAAUGCAGCAGAUUAGCGAGACUUCAGAGUCAAGUGCAGUCGGCCGAGUCAGGAGAGAGCGGCCUCUUUCUUUGGGGGUCUUCCCAUCAUCUGGUGGGGUGUCUAUGCUAACACCAGACCCCCAGGCCAGGGUAGAGACACUAGGGACAGAAGGGUGGAGGUUCACCGACCCAACACAGCCAAGGUCCAACACUAGCCUCAAGUUGGACUUUGUCGACCCCCCAAAGGAAAGGGAGGGUAAGAGUGCGCAGGACUCUACUUGGGGGAAUUCACUGGCAGACGACUGCAAGGAUGAGCUGUCGGACUUCACCGGCUCCAAGUCAGCCACACCAAUGUCCACCACAGCCUCGGAUGUGGAGAGGGAAGAUGGGAACAGUAAGAGCACGGAGGUGCAGGCUGCACCGGGGACUAGGUCCAUAUCAGUGGGUUUGCCUGACAAUGAAGACAGCUCAGAUGUGCAGGACAUCAUUGAGUCCACCCCAGAGCUGGACAUGGAUCUCAUUGGAUACAAGCCCUGCAGUACCCCUACGAAAGGCAUUGAGAACAUGGCAUUUGACCGAAAUACAGACUCUCUAUUUGAGGAGCUGUCGUCUGCAGGCACUGGGCUCAUAGGGGACGUGGAUGAAGGGGCCGACCUGCUGGUGGAGUACUCUGGUAUGGGACGGGAAGUUGAAAAUCUCAUUCAGGAGAAUUCACAGCUCCUUGAGACAAAGAAUGCUCUGAACGUGGUGAACAAAGACUUGAUAUUGAAGGUGGACGAGUUGACGUGCGAGAAGGAGAUGGUGCAGGGAGAGCUGGAGGCUGUGAUGCAAGCCAAGACCAAGCUGGAGGACAAGAACAGAGAGCUGGAGGAGGAACUCAAAAAAGUGCGGCUUGAGGUGGAGGAAAUGAAGCAGAAAACUAAAGAUGAAGAAGAUAGUGAUGUACCGACAGCCCAGAGGAAGCGCUUCACCAGAGUGGAAAUGGCCAGAGUGCUGAUGGAGAGGAACCAGUACAAAGAGAGACUGAUGGAGCUACAGGAAGCUGUGCGGUGGACAGAGAUGAUCCGGGCCUCGAGGGAAAAUCCAACACUUACGGAAAAAAAGAAAUCCAGCAUCUGGCAGUUCUUCAGCAGACUGUUUAGCUCCUCCUCCAGUGCCCCUGCUAUAAAGAAGGUGGAGUCCCAGUCCAACGUCAAAUACAACACCCCAGGCAGCUUGGUGAAGAGGAGUAGCACCUUCUCCCAGUUCCCCACAGAGAAGUCCAAGACUUUUGACUUCCUCAAUGAAGAAAAGGACCAGUGCAGUUCACCAUCGCGUAAAGAGCAAAAGAGAGCCCAGUACAGGCAGGUUAAGGCCCACAUGCAGAAGGAGGAUGGACGAGUCACCGCACACGGCUGGAGCCUGCCCAGCAAGUACAAGGUGGCAAAUGGUGGACAGGCGGAGAACAAAAUGAACUUACCUGUACCAGUAUACUUGAGACCUCUGGAUCAGAAAGAUGCUUCCAUGAAGCUGUGGUGUGCUGCAGGGGUCAACUUGUCUGGGGGAAGAACAGUACCCACAUCAGAGCUCACUGGGCAGACGAAGGGUUCUCAGAGUAGCCUGGACCAAUUAGAGCAAGAGAGUAAGGAUCAGGAUAAAGGGGAGCAGGAGAAGGAGCUGGUCCUUCAGGACGAGAUGUCCAGUAUGGUGUGGGUGUGCACCAGCGCCAACUCCUCCACCAAGGUUAUGGUGCUGGACGCCAGUCAGCCGUCUGACCUACUUGACAGCUUCUAUGCCUGCAACACCCACGUGGUCUGCAUUGCCAGUGUGCCGGGUGUGUUGGAGAGUGAUUAUCCAGCAGGUGAAGAGGUACCCCAAGACCUGGAGGCUAGCCAAGGUGACAGGGUGUCACUGGCCGGCAGUGUGGCCAGUGUGGGCUCCACAGGCAGCGAUGGUGCCCUGGCAGCAGAGGGGACCACCGCCAUCCCCCAGACGGCCAGCUCAGGUUUCACUGACCAGCCGGCGGAGCACAGUGGCAUCCCUGGCUCAGUUGAGCUGUCCAGAGAGACCAGUCCAGCAGAAGACGGAGUUCCUACAGCGGAAGAAGCAACAGAAGCGACGGAGGCUAACGCUGGUGUGGGCGAAGAAGGAGAGGAGGACCAGGGAGCAGAUCAAAACCAGCCAGGAAUCUACACGGAGCAUGUGUUCACUGACCCACUGGGGGUGGGACCCACUGACUCCUCUCCCGGUGACAUACAGAGGGGCUCUGGGCAGGAUGGCGUGACUUCAUUGCCAGAAGAGUCAGACCAGUCAGAAGGGGACGUCCUGAGGAUGAGCAGCGCCCUCCCCACCAUGUGGCUGGGGGCUCAGAAUGGAUGUCUGUAUGUCCACUCGUCUGUGGCUCGAUGGAGGAAGUGUCUCCAUGCCAUCAAGCUCAAAGACUCCAUCCUCAGCAUAGUGCACGUUAAAGGGAGAGUCCUUGUAGCUCUGGCUGAUGGGACGUUAGCCAUAUUCCACAGAGGCGUUGACGGUCAGUGGGAUUUAACCAACUACCACCUGCUGGAUCUGGGCCGGCCUCACCACUCUAUCCGCUGUAUGACAGUAGUCCACGACAAGGUGUGGUGCGGCUACAGGAACAAGAUCUACGUCAUCCAGCCUAAGGCCAUGAGGAUAGAGAAGUCAUUUGACGCCCAUCCUCGCAAGGAGAGUCAGGUGCGGCAGCUGGCCUGGGUCGGAGACGGCAUCUGGGUGUCCAUCCGACUGGAUUCAACUCUACGCUUGUUUCACGCUCACACCUACCAGCACCUCCAGGAUGUGGACAUUGAGCCAUAUGUCAGCAAGAUGUUGGGUACGGGUAAACUGGGCUUCUCGUUUGUGAGAAUCACAGCUCUGAUGGUGUCCUGCAGCCGACUGUGGGUGGGAACAGGAAACGGCGUCAUUAUCUCCAUCCCGCUGUCUGAAGCCAACAAGACAUUGGGAAUAGUGCCAAAUCGCCCCGGCGGUGCCGUCCGGGUUUACGGUGAUGACAGCUCAGACUGUGCCAUGUCAGGCAGCUUCGUGCCGUACUGCUCCAUGGCCCACGCCCAGCUGUGUUUCCAUGGACAUCGAGAUGCUGUCAAGUUUUUUGCCACCGUGCCAGGACAGGCGAUGCCCCCUCCAGGCACUGCAGAUUCAGGCUCUGAUGACCCUGCAUCUGAAUCCUCUGACACAGCGACCUCUGAGCCCAAAACCUACCUGGUCAUGAGUGGAGGCGAAGGCUACAUUGACUUCAGAAUGGGUGAUGAAGGCGGUGAGUUGGACGGUUUAUCAGAGCCAACAGCCGGCCGGCAGUCUGCACCUACCAGAGCUGAACAGAGCCACCUCAUCGUCUGGCAGGUCACAACCUCUCACGACUGAAAAAAAAAUGAAAUCAAUAAAAUUACAGACUGUUGUGUCGACGCCAGGGCCGCCCACCAAACCCCGCAUGCCCUUCUGGAAGUUUUUAAUUUGAUAUUACUGUUUGUUCUUAAUGCCUGAGUAGUUCACUACUUUGUAAAAGAAAACAAUUAUUUUUAGUCCAUGUUUUGUACAGUUUAUUCUUUCCGAAUUUGAAAUAGGUAAGGUGAAUUUUGUGUUAACUUAAAGCAUACGUCCAAGUUUUCCCUUCAGCUGGGUUGCAUGUUGGAAAAGCUGGUGCGCACAGGAAAAAGGCGACUGAAAGUGUUUGAUUGUGCGAUGAGCGGAUGUUGCUCGUCUCCCGACGGUUCUUACGAAAGGGUUUCGAUGCGAUCGACAAAAGGGAAAAUGUGCUUGUAGCAUUAAAAAGGGAGCAGGGAGUUUUGAGUUAAACUGAAGUACAUUUUAUAUUCUAAACGUAAGACUUUUACAUUUGUAAACCACAUGUCUGUGUGUGUGUGAGCAUCACGUGUGUGUAGGCCUUCACUCAAGUCUUUUCUGCACUUUUUAUUAUUAUCUUUACCGUUAGGGCCAGGUGUCAAAAUAUGAACGCUGCAGUUCAAAAUGCAUACAAAAUCUCAAAAGGUUCAGUUCUUUAAAUGUGCUUUUCUGAGGCGGAUUUCUCCGCUGUAUUAUCUGAUUAUUAGAAAAGCAGCUUGCACGUACAUGGAAAUUAAAUGUGCUGUUGUUCGGCAAGAAGCUGUAGGAUCAGACGUUGCUUGAGAAGGCUGCAUUAAAUGAAAUGACACCGAGCCCCAUUUGCCAUAGGUUUAUGUUUUGUGAUAUGAAUAAUGUCUAAGCAGUUUGGGUACUUAAAGGUUUCCUGUGACUAGAAGAACCAGCUUACUGUACUGUAGGUUAGCAUUAGCCUGCAUGGGGAAAUCCUGUAUCCACGUCCAUGUGUGUGUAUGUAUGUGUGUGUGUGUGUGUGUGUGCCUGCUCAGACGUUUUAAAAAGCUAAACCCUCAUCUGUCGUGGGAGGGAAAGCGCUUCCUGUUUGCUUCAGCUCAUUGGCACUUUAAAAAUGUUACAUGUUAGUCGCUUGAAGUUUGGAAAAACACCCGCGGUUAUGUACACUUACACUACUAUGUGCUAACUGUGGGACGGGAACAAAAAGUACCGAUCUCUCUAGCGAGGUGUCACCCCAGUAACCUAAGGAUUAGAGAAGAAGCACCGUGAAACUAUUCUGUUACUUUCCAACUUCAAACGUCCUGUGAGUCUCAUAAUUUGAGGGUGUACGUGUGUAUUUUCAGGGUGUCAUCUUGCUGAGAAAUAAGCUUGAAUAAGGGAAUCUGACUAAAAAUAACAUUUUUGUGCGACACCUUCUAAUGGACAUGCACACGGCACUAAAGAGAGUCUCUGCUGAUUGCUUCAUCAUUCCUUGUUUUGUUGUUACAAAUACAUUUGGAAGGCAAUUAUUAAUUGUAAUUUUUUUUUUGCUGUUAUUUUGGGCUUCAUGUGUGUUUUAUAUUCAAGUGUGAGACACUUAUUGAGUAAUGAGUGUUUUGAUGAUAACACAAUAGCAGGAUACCAAUAUUAAGCAGGUGUUUUAAUUUGUUUUUAUAUCAGAAAAGUUAGGCCAAGAUUGGUCUUCAGUCCAUUUCAAAAUAGUAUCUUUACUGUAUAUUGUGUUUUUGCCAUUCCAGUAUUUAUUUCCUUUGUUAUCGAGCCUAUCUUGGUUCAGAAUGUAACUUUCUACAUGAGCAAAAUGUAACAGAAGGCUAUUCUAGUCCAAUGAGUUUACGUGAUUGUUAAUAAUGGUUAAAUAAAAAAAAAUUAAUGUAAUCAUGUUGGAAAUUUUUGACAAACCAUGAGAUCAAAGUGUGCAAACAAUAACGUUUUGGAACAACACAUUCAUGUACUAAGCUAUGCAUGUUUUUUUCAAAAGAACACGGCUAUGUUUUCAGCAAAAUCUGUUUAUUGCCACCGUUUUGGGUGGGGUGGAUGUCUUUGUGUGUGUUUGUGUGUACAGUGUAGGAGUUUGAGCGCAAGACUUGUUUGUCAGUGUGUGUUUGAUUUUGCAAAUGUACGGUGUAUGUGUGUUCACUGUAUGUCCAUCUGUAAUACCCCAGAGACUGGCCACAUUUACCCGUUGUACUGGGUGCAUCUGGAUGCCAGAACGGUGGUUCCUCCUGGUCAGUGUUUGCUAAAACAGCAUCAUAGCCUUAUUUUUAACAAUCUAUUAAACGCAGUUUCAUGGAGAAGUUUCUUCCAUCAUGUGUCUCAUU